AUGGAGGCAUCUGCUGCCAGCUCCCUCUUUCUUCAAGGGUUGGUCGAUGACUACGGAUACAAAUAUGAGCCAAGACGCUUCCACAAAGGCUCCUCGGAAGGCAGAACUUCAAGUGAACAUGAGUCUCUGGAAGGCAGCGAUAUAAGCGAGAAAUCCCUGCUCAAGCUGAUUGAGAAUUUCAUCACUUACCUCGAACAUUUCUACUGCCAUCUCCGACCAAGGCAUCACUAUGCUACUCUUCGCUACAUCACAUAUACCGCUCUAGGGAUGCACCAUUCUUGUUGCAUAGACAAGGAUCGUCGUCGCGCGUGUGAGAAUCAUCUUUAUCCUGUUGAAGACGUGUGUGAUUACGACGAAAGUCACAAGUUGGAGCUCCUUGAAGAUCUUUUGGAAGAGUUUAAUGGAAGUAUUACAUCCAUCCUUGAAGACCCCGAAAAAGAUGUUCGCGAUCUCAUCUACUUCUGGGAGCGAACUUGGGUUAGACGGAUGGUCGAGGUUCUAGAUAUCCUUGAAGGGGACGAUUUGCCGGAGGAUGAGAGACGUGGGGCCGAGGAGAUUGGGGUUGUGUGGGAUAAUGUAGGACCGGAACCACCCGUAGUGAUGGGGAACCCCUAUCACAAAUUCACGAUAGAAUAUUGGUUAUAUGAGCUGAGAAAGAUUGAGGAGGAAUGUUAA